UCCAUUGACUUACAUUAAAUUUAAAGUCUUUCCCUUCUCCUGUAAAGUUAUAGUUUUGGAGAUAUAUUUGUUUUAGACCACUAACAAAGCCUUUAACAGGACACAAACCUGUUUGGAGCUCAGACUGAGACAUUUGGAGUUAAGUCCCUCCUGCUUGGACACACGUCCAGCCUGCAGGAAUAUGCACUUUCAUUUUCUGUGGAAAGCAGUGUGUAAGCCACUCCUCCUGAGGGAUACAGAAAAGUCUUUCAGAAGAGGAAGAGGAAGAGGAAGAGCAAACACCAACUGCACUCCACGACGAAAACAUCUCUUCUUUUCAGGUGAAUAAUUCAGUUGGCUUUAAAGAUGUCGGCCACUGCAGUUCCGCUCUCUAACACGAGAAAUGGCUACACCAUUGUGACCCAAGUGAUCUCUCCACCAACAUCAACUGGAACUGAGCAAAUUAACUACACUGUAGGUCCACUUCAGAAGUUUCUGAAAGGAGAACCAAAAGCUUUAGGAAGCGUUCAAAUAAUGAUCGGUUUGUUCACACUCUUGCUUGGUAUUGUGAUGAUCAUGUACAUUCCCGCAUUCACUGUCUUCAGUGGAAUUGUAUUUUGGGGUGCUUUGGUGUACAUCAGCACUGGCUCUCUGGCUGUUUCAACAAGUAACAAGCUUCAUUAUUGUGUGGUGAGGGGUGCUCUGUGGAUGAAUGUGAUAAGCACCAUAAUUGCAGGAAUAAGCAUCACCCUGCUUUUCCUGGAUUUGACAAUUAUGCAAACGUUUAGGUUCUGCAACCAUAACAGCGGCUAUGGUUGUAGCCCUAAGGGCCUGACCAUUGGGAUUUUUGCAGUGCUGUUGAUUUUUUCCAUAAUUCAGUUCAUAAUUUCAUUCAUCCUCUCAGGCUUUGCCUGUAAAGCCACCUGCAGCGGCGAACCUUCUGUGAAUAUCACUGUGGCUCCAAAUCAAUUAAGAUGUCCUGAUUACUCCAGUGAACAGUAUCCACUGAAUUCAAUCAACGAUGCCACCAUUUACAGUCCACCAAUGGAAAGUCCUCCACCAUACAGUGAGAUUAAAGGCCAAGAAGAUAACUGAGACUAAACAAUCUCCAGAUGAAACAUCACAACACUAUAUAUGCACUUCUACUGUAGAAUUAUUUGGAUUUACCUAUGUUUUACUUAGUAUGAGAAUAUAUGGUACACUGCUGAUUUCAUUUUUAUUGCACUGCCUUUGAUUUUAAUUGUGUGAUGUUUGUUACCAGUUGUUCACUCUUUCAUAGUUUCUUUUUUCCCAAAGGCUUUAAGUCAAACUGCUCCAAGGCAAAGAUGCUUCAAUAAUAUAAUUAAACCAUCAAUGCUUUUUUUUAUAUACAUCAAUUCCUGUAAAAAUACUGUUACAUUACGUUUUUGUAUAUAUUGGAUAUAUAUUCUAUAGGCCUAUAUAUUUUUGUAUGUCAUUUUUAAUCAUAAUGCUGUCUGAAGUUACACAGCCCCUUUUUAACAGUGAAUACAUGAAAGUAGCUCAUUUUUCAAAUGAUAUUUUAAGGAAAUCAGACGGAGCUCAGAUACUUGUCUGCCGGAACAACAGAGUGACCACCUCUAAUUCCAAACUGCAAUAUUAUUUAGUAUUUGGUAUUGAAAUAGUUUGGGACUGGGAUGUGUUCGGGAUUAAUUGGCUCAUUAGAAGCAGAAAAUUCAGACCAACUUAUCAGACUGAACUUGGGAGGCGUGCACAAUGUCACUGCAGAUUUCUUUGAAAAAACAAACACAGGUCUUCUGAUAAGAACUGAAGCUGUGAAAAAUGGAAAAAGUAAACAAGUCUUAGAAUUUUGCACAGUAUUGUAUGUGAUUGACCACUCUUGACCAAAACAUUGAGGUAUUUUCAACAGUUUGCAGGAACCAGACUGCGCUCUGAAUUAUAUACUAUUUUACGGCCACUGUUAAUAAAAAUAAAAAUAGUAGACUUUGAGAAAAAAGUCAUAAUACUUUGACGAUAAAGUGGGCUAACUGUAGGUGAGGGCUGCCAUAAAGUGCUGGAGUUGCUGUACUGGCAUGCUGGAGUUCCAAACACUCCUGUCUCUUUGUGGAUCAAUCAUUUUGAUUACCACUCUCAGUGUCUAUGAAAUGUUAUGUACCUUUGAAUGUACGGAGACUUUGCCAGAGAUGACCCUGCCUGCGAUUCUCCUUCAAGAAAACAGACACAAGUCUGUCUGGCUCUUUAUUCUGAUUAAACUCAGUUUCCAGCACAGCAAUUUCAGCUGUAUAAUAUAUACUAUUAUACUAUAACAGUGGUGCUGAUGUGGCAGGAGAGAAAGGUAGACUGAGUGUUUCUUUAUGGGUGAAAUUGAUAUGAAAACAUAACUCCACCAACUCAACGCCCCUCAUUUCAACACAAGGAGGUGCUGCUUUCCCUUUGCGAAGACUUUACCCACAACAUUGUGACCUUUCCUGGUAUUAAUGCCACUUUAAUGACAUACGACUUUUUUCUUGAAAUAGUAUGACUUUUUUUUUUCUCAAAAUAGUAUGACUAAUAUUAAAUAUGCCACUAAAUUUUUAAAUUAAAAAUAAAGCCUGUCUUGCUGUGUUUCUCAUCUUUUAGGACUGAGCACGAAUCCAAGAGAAUAGAAAAUCAAUAAAAAUCAUGCCCACCUCAUGCUAAUUCUUUAUUUUUACUCAUAAUAACCAAUAGAAUGAAUCACCAUCAAAAUGUUUGCCCUUGUAGCUCACAGACACUCCAGACAAACAAUUUCUGAAAAGAUUUCUGAGGUGCAACUUGCUUUUAAAGAUCUCUAUAAUUAGAAAGUACAAAAUUUAGGCACUUGGUAAAUGACCCAAAUUCAUAAAGAUAUCAAAUUUCUGUUAGCAUUUACAUGUCAAACAAUUGCAUAUCUCAGUAGCCCAGGGUCUCCUGAAAAUAACAACAUAUGGCAUGUGUGACUGUCACACUUUAUAAUUGCUACUGUAAUUGAAAAUUUCCCCAACAUUUUAGGCUUCUAAGCAUGUAGAUUGAGUGUUCA